AUGGCGCCCGACAGAGGCGAAUCUAGCUCCCCCUCCUACCAAACCAUCCCACCCUCGGUCUCCAACGAAACUCCUCCUCCCACGGAACAGCAAAGACGACGAAGCGAUGCGCGUCGAUAUAUUGCUGCACAUGCCUCGGAAGGCCAGAACUUCACUAUGCGGGGUCUGGCCGUAGGGCUAGGCGUCGGCCUCAUAAUAUGCUUCUCGAAUAUGUAUUUCGGGCUCCAAACCGGCUGGGUCUCAUCCAUGUCCAUGCCCUCGUCCCUUAUCGGCUUCGCCUUCUUCCGCACACUUUCGAAGCACCUCAGCUUGCCUUUUACGCCAGUGGAAAAUGUGCUAGUGCAGACUGUGGCGGGGAGUAUGGGAACGAUGCCUCUGGGAUGCGGGUUCGUUGGUGUCAUGCCCGCGCUGAAUUAUCUGCUGAAGAAAGAGGAGACCGGGCCGAUUUUCUUAAGCAUGGGAUCCAUGGUGCUAUGGUCGCUGGGAUUGUGUUUCUUUGGGGUUGUGUUUGCGGUUCCGCUUAGGAGACAGGUUAUUAUUCGGGAGAAGCUUAAAUUUCCUUCUGGUACUGCGACUGCGUUGAUGAUUGGGGUUUUACAUGGAAAAGAGACUACAGCUGAGGGACCGAUUGAAAAUAGAGAAGAGAUUGCGGGAGAGCCGGAUGAGGAAGAGGUUGAUAAGGGGGCACAGAGUAGUUGGAAAUCGAAGGUUAAGCUAUUGGUUAUUUCCUUUGCCGUCUCGGGGGCUUAUACGCUUGCAACCUAUUUCUUUCCUGUUUUGAGGAAUCUACCGGUUUUUGGAUUUGCUCUGGCGGAGAAUUGGCUUUGGACCCUCAAUCCGUCUUUGGCUUAUGUAGGCCAAGGCAUUAUUAUGGGACCGGCAACCACUACACAUAUGCUGCUUGGAGCUAUCGUCGGAUGGGGCAUUCUCUCGCCUCUGGCAAAGAAUAAAGGAUGGGCUCCUGGUCCUGUAGAAGAUUGGGAGACUGGAAGCAAGGGCUGGAUUGUCUGGAUCUCACUGGCAAUAAUGCUCGCUGAUUCAGUUAUCAGUCUUGGAUACAUUGCUUUUCGCCCAGUGAUCCUGAACGGAGGGAGAUACUUCAGCGAAGUUCGCCGAAACUUGAAUAAAGGCGGUUGGAAAGGUCUUCUGAAAAUUGGAGGUGGAAAUUCUACAGCUGGAUAUGCUCCUAUCAUGGGACGAGAGGAAGUCUCUACACCCCUCGAGGAAACAGGGCCUUGCACGCAAGGCGACUCCUCACCUACGUUUUGCCAAGGAAUCAAAGACAUUCCCGAGCCAGAUGCACCGCCCGAACACCUAGUGUCCAACCUCACCGUCUGGAUCGGCCUUGCACUCUCAAUCCUCUUCUGCAUAAUCGCCAUCCGCGUCGUCUUCGGUGCCCUCGUCCCCCUUUACGCAACGAUAACCGCCGUCUUCAUGGCUCUGAUCCUCUCCAUAAUGGGCGUCCGCGCCCUAGGAGAAACAGACCUCAACCCGGUUUCCGGCAUCUCGAAACUAGCGCAGCUCUUCUUCGCACUCAUAAUCCCGCAAUCAAACAAGAAUUCAGUGCUCAUCAACCUAAUUGCUGGUGCCGUAUCGGAGUCCGGUGCUUUGCAAGCUGGCGAUCUGAUGCAAGACCUCAAGACGGGGCAUUUGCUAGGUGCAGCGCCUAGUGCGCAGUUCUGGGGCCAGAUUAUUGGCAGUGCAGUCGGUGCUGUUGUUUCUGCGCUGAUAUAUCGGCUUUAUACCAGUGUUUAUGUGGUCCCUGGGGACUUGUUCCAGGUUCCGACGGCGUAUGUGUGGAUUUUCACAGCUAGAUUGGUGACAGGAAAGGGAUUGCCACAUAUGGCGUGGCAAUGGGCAGCAGGAGCGGCUGUUGUAUUUACGGGGACUACGAUGCUAAGGAUCGUUGGCGCGGGUAAAAAGUGGCAUCCUUGGGUGCCUGGGGGAAUCGCUGUUGCCGUUGGCAUGUACAAUGUUCCAUCCUUCACACUCGCCCGAGCUAUUGGCGGAUUCGUCAACUAUUACUGGCGUACAUACAAGCGGCGUGAAGAAACACCACUUGUGAUUCUCGCCAGUGGCCUUAUCUUAGGCGAGGGUGUUGUCAGUAUCUUGAAUUUGUUACUUGCCAGUGCGAAGGUGCCGCACUUAUAG